GCUACCAAAUGAAUCGAUUUAACCAAAUUAUCUCAAAACAAAACAAUUGAGAAUCAAAUUGAUCCGUUAGAAUUCCUAUCUAAAAUUCCAAACAACCCCAAACUAGUACUUGUACUUUGCAAACACAAGGGGGUUCUAUUUGCCUAGCUCGCUCGCAGCUAGGGAUGGCAACCAAACCCGAACCCACGGGUACCCACCCGACCCAACCCGGUCAACGCGGGUAAAAUCCGUGUUGACGGGUUUUGGGUCGGGUUUGGGUUUAAACCCGUUCACUAUUCACCGGGUUGGGUUGGGUUUGGGUUUAGGUAAACCCAACCCGUGGGUACCCACCCACACAUAUAAUUAAUUUUCUCGGUAUAUUUAAUAUUUUAAACAACUAAUCUUAUUUAUGUUUGUGGAGACAUGUCUAAUUUUUUCUUUCUAAUUGUGUAGAAUGAAGUUUGUGUUAUCGAGUGGAGAAUGAAGAAACUUAAUUGAAAGGAAGAAGCCUUCAAUUAAUAUGUUAUUUAUGGAUAAUUUAUGAUUUACUUCAAUUUUCUUGAGUUUUCUAGAUUGGUGUUGAACAAUUUGUAUAGUUAAUUUGUGAUUUGUUUGAAUUUUCUAGAAUGGUGUUUUAAAUAUGGAUAAUUUGUAUUGAGAGAUUGAUAUUUGACUUUAAUUUUGAUAGGAACAUGUUAUUGUAAAAUUUUUACGACAAAAACCCGUGGGUACCCAUGAACCCGCGGAUACCCAGCGGGUUGGGUUGGGUUUGAGUUUUUCAAACCCAGUGGGUUUUACCCCGGGUUUUUUUCACGGAUAAAUCCAUGGGUUUGGGUUUGGGUUUGGCAAAACCCGACCCAACCCGACCCAUUGCCAUCCCUACUCGCAGCCUCUUGUUCAGUAUCACAUGUCAAAUUUUGCACAGUGUUGAUGUGCAUCUCCCCUUCAACUUCGUUCAUUCAAACUCUUCCUCCCACUUCGUAACACACACCGCACCCAGAUAUUUUCCCACCGUUUCCUCCAAUUCAAUCAACUGACCAUCAAAAGCAACCAGCCACCCAAAAUUAUACAGUCACUGCUCUUGCUCUUCUUCCCUUUCUGUAAAAUCUAUGGGCUCUUCCUUCCCUGACUGAAUUGAAUUGAGUUGAAAUAAUCUGUGGGUCUGUUCGUGUUCUUGGCUGGUAGUAGUGGUUGGAGAUUAUCUUGUGAAAAAGCUUCAGCUUUGAGCUGUUUACGCACCAGCGAAAUCAACCUGCCACAUGGGAUUGGCGCUAAUCACCGACGAAGGCAGGAUUACGAGGAGGACUUCGAACUCGGGAGCUCUUGAUGGAACCACCGCAACUGGGUCUGAUCGAGCAGUCUUUCAAUAGCAGGUACUCCAACUGGGCACGCGAGGCGCUCGACGAAUUGCCUGACAACUUCACUAUCACCGAUCCUUGCAUUUCGGGCCACCCAAUCGUGUUCGCCAGCCGGGGCUUCCUCAAGAUGUCCGGAUACUCGCGUGACCAAGUGAUUGGGAGGAACGGCAGGAUGUUCCAAGGUCCCAACACUUGCAGAAGAUCGGUCAUGGAGAUUCGAGAGGCGAUUCGGGAGGAGCGCGGGGUGGAGAUCAGUUUGUUGAAUUAUCGGAAAGACGGGACGCCGUUCUGGAUGUUGUUUCGGAUGACGCCGGUCUUUGGUAAGGAUGAGGGCCGGGUGAUUCAUUUCGUCGCCGUUCAAGUUCCCAUCCUGCGCCGGAGGCAGAGGAGGAGAAAUGGGGAGGGUUUGUGCGACGAGAUUUUGUCUAAUUCCUGCAGAAGGGAAGUCUGCUCCAGUUCUUCGGUGGAAUUGGCUGGAGUUUCGGCGGCGGAUUCCGAUUGUAGAGCACUAGAGAUUGAAGAAAAAUGCGAGGCCAGUGACACAGAGAAGCAAUUAGCUGCAACUGCUAUUAGCAACGUGUUGUCUGUGCUAACCCACUAUAGCGAAUCGACAGGAAGAUUGGUCUGUGAAAAGAGAUUUGGCCCCAGCCUCGUCAGUUCAUCUUUACAUAUCUCUCUUGGUAGAAUCAAACAAAGCUUUGUAUUGGUGGAUCCACACUUACCGGAUAUCCCUAUUGUUUAUGCUAGUGAUGCCUUCUUAAGAAUGGCAGGGUAUGCUCGUAAUGAAGUUUUAGGGCAAAACUAUAGGUUCUUAACUGGUGUUGAUACAGAUCACUCAGCUCUACAUCAGAUAAAACAAAGUAUUCAAGCUCAACAAGCAUGCUCAGUACGUAUUUUACAUUACAGGAAGGAUAAGAGCUCCUUUUGGAAUCUUCUUCACAUUUCACCAGUUCGUAAUGCUACUGGCAAGAUAGCAUACUUUGUGGGUGUCCAGAUUGAAGAAGGCAGUGUGGACCGACAUGGAUUGAGCCCUGAGAUGAGGCAGCUGAGCGUCGUUGGAUCAAUCAAGGUGGCAGUGAGGAGUUCAUCAAUGUCCUCUUCCUCCAAAUCAUCAUAGCAUUCAUUGAUUCCAUACACCAUCAGAGACAGUGAAAUAGAGCAUCCUCUUGAUGUAGCAGAACAUUUUAUCAUUAAAAGUUAAGCCUAUUUCUGUACUCUGACGCUUUGAACAAGACAUUUCAAGUCUUUUCGGUGAAAAAUGGGCUUGCCUUCGUUAUGCUCGGUGAGCAAGACUAGGCAAUUGUGAGCACUGAAGAGCAAAAUUAAUAGUGCUAAAGUUGCAUUCGCUGAGUACACAUUCGUUGCGGUGAACCCAAGUAUGGUCGUGACUCGUGAUGGGAUCAGUGGGCUUGCACAUGUUGUCAAAAUUUAUUCUGAAAAUGAAGAAACUUAGUGUUGCAGCUGAUAGAUGAAAAAAACUCAAAUUGAGCAUAUUUGGAGAUGCGGGGUAUCGAUUCCCGUACCUCUCGCAUGCUAAGCGAGCGCUCUACCAUCUGAGCUACAUUCCCACUUUAAUGAAAAGAAUUAUAGUAU